UCACAUUGGGUGAAAACGUGGCAAGAUUCUUGAGAUUAACAGUUAAAGGCAAGAUAGUGCAGUUAAUCAAAGGUAGAAAUAUAUCCACCUUAUAUUCAUCAGCCACAUUUUCUCCUUGUCUGAUCUCUUCAUUCCUUCAACAACCUUUCUAGCUUACACUGCCCUAGUCAUGGCUAAAAUAAGCUUCUUUAUCGGCAUCGUUGGUAAUAUCAUUUCUCUACUGGUUUUCACUUCUCCCAUAAAGACUUUUUGGAAGGUGGUGAAAAGGAAAUCAACCGAGAAUUACAAGGGGGCUCCAUACAUAACUACACUGCUGAGCACAAGUCUAUGGACAUUCUAUGGACUUCUCAAGCCAGAUAUUCUUGUUGUAACCGUGAAUGGUGCUGGCGCCAUCUUUCAACUCACCUAUGUCUCUCUCUUUCUCAUGUACGCUCCGAAGGACAAGAAGAUUAAGACGGCAAAGCUGGUGGCCAUAUUGAAUGCUGGUUUUCUUGGAGUGGUAAUUGCAAUAACUCUUCUAGCUAUGCAUGGAAGUUUGCAAACUACAUUUGUUGGGGUUUUAUGUGCUGCGUUAACCAUUGGCAUGUACGCAGCACCCCUUUCAGCUAUGAAAAGAGUGAUGAGGACCAAGAGUGUGCAGUACAUGCCGUUUUUUCUCUCAUUUUUCCUCUUCCUAAACGGAGGUGUUUGGUCUGUUUAUGCCGUGCUUGUCAAAGACUAUUACAUUGGAGUGCCGAAUGUUGUUGGUUUUGUACUGGGGUCAGCCCAAUUGAUCCUUUACAUAAUCUACAGGAAUAAGUCAGCAGCUAUGAUCGAAGAAAAAGGCCCAGUCCACAUCGAGGCGAAGGAAGGCGUCGAGAUGCAUGCGAAGGGUGAUAAUGAUGAGGAAGCUGGCAAUCUGAAGAGCAGAAGCCUAGCUGAGGGAAAGACCAAGAGCCUGCCAAAGCCAUCGGUUGAUAGGCAACACAGCUUGCAAAAGCUCACCAAGACACUCUCUAUAGGUGCUUAUGAGUUAUUGCAACACUCAAGCUGGGCUAAUGAUGCCGUUUGAUAUCUAUCUAGAAUUGUGAGAAAAUUGAAGGUCACUCUUGAUGAUGAUGGCAUGUAGCCUCAUCUAUUUUCAUAAAACUACACCGUUUGGAAAACUAUUUUUAAUUCGAUGUGCAGUUUGUGCUUC